AUGCAGCUGCGUAAGGACGGCUGCCUCGAAGGUUUGACGCAGCUGCAGGCCCAUCUCGCAGGAUUUACGGUCCCCAUGUGGCCUCCGCUUGCGCUCGCCUGUGCUGAAGGUCGCAGAACUCGCCUUGGUGUUGCCCUGCUCGAUGUAGGCCGAGCCGUCGGCCUGCGCGAAUACACCCAUCCGCGCCUGGAUCUUACGCAGCUCCCCGGCGCGCCGCCCGUCCACCCGGUAGCCCUGGUCCGACAGAAGCUCCAGCCCCGCCAUGCCGCCCGGCCGCUACCCCCGUUUCCGCUCUCUGGAGAACUACAGUUCCCGGCGGUCCGGAUGCCCCACUUCCGACCUCCGGGGUCUUACGGUUUCCGGAGCGCCGCCUCCCAUUUCCGGUGCCGGAGAACUACGGUUCUCCCAGGGUUCCCGGCGGCGCCACUUUCCGCACUUCCGGUCCGCGGGGAGGUGGGGCUGCGGCCGUUUGGGAUGACUGUCCCGCGGCUGCUAGGGUUGGAGACCCGCUGGGCGUGGAAUCCCUAUGUCGUUUCCCCCCCGGGUUUGUCGUGGGGGCGGUUCCCACGACCUUCGGGGCCUACCCGCCCUGCGUCGCCCUGGUCGCCGCCGGCGCGCGCCUUCUCCCGGACCCAGGGUCCUGGGCCUCCCACUGCGCCCGCGACCCGCCGGCCCUGCCGCGCCUCCGCCUCUCCCUCUCCAUCUGCGGCUGAGCCCCGCUCGGACUCCGCGCAGCCGGUGCGCCUCUGCUUCUCUUUGACGCCAGGCGUCUUCCUCGAGGUUCGCGGAAGCAGAGGGGUAUUUGGCUGCAGAAGCAGAGGAGGAGGAGAGGUGACCUUGGAGGCAGACUGGGGUGAUGCAGUCACAAGCCACGGAGCGCUGACUGCUGGCCGCGGCGAGGAGCGGAUCCCCCGGACCCUCCAGAAGGAACUGUCCUGGCUGACAUCUUGACUUUAGCCCAAAUGACUCAGUUUGGACUUCUGGCCCUUAGAACUGGAAGAGAAUAAAUGUCUGUUGUUUUAAGCCUU